CACAGAGAUCUGCCUGCCUCUACCUCCCGAGUGCUGGGAUCAUGACAUCACCGCCCAGCUGAAAAUUACUUACAUUCUAGUUCUACAGAAGCCUCUCCCUUCUUCAAAAGUGGUGCAUUGGAUGCUCUCUUUAUUUGGAAAGAGGUCUCUGAGUCUACUGAUGGCUAUAUCCAGAUUCUAAAGCCAGAAUCAUCUGACACAGUGUUGUAGACUUUUCUCCUGAUCUGGUCACUCUGAGAUCCUUUUCUUCUGCUUUUCGCUUACUCUUCCUUCUGAUCUGGUUUGGUGACACUCUGAAGGCUCCUGGAGGAUCCGUGGCUUUCACCAGCAGUGUUCUUUACCUGCCUUUCCUGGUGCCAGUAAAACAAGUCCAUCCCGAGAGAGCCAAGUUUCAACUCCUGUGUAUCCCUGGUUUUUUAGAAGUUAGAGACCCAUGAGUCCUGAUUUUUUUUGUCUUUUUACAGCCCUUCCAGUUCCUAGAGUUUAUACAUGAGAGUGGGGAAGGAAUAGUAAGGGGAGGGAAAAGUAGUCAUAAAUUUUUUUGUGUGUGGUCAUAAAUUUUUAAAGAAUCACAAAAAACUAGUGCAGCUCAUGUCCCUCAUAAUAGCACAUAAGCACACACUGUUUAGUAACCUUUUACAGGGUUAGAAUUCAACUAGCAUUAUUGAGUGCUACCUCGUGCCAAAAACGUUAAAUCAUUUCAUCCACAUAAGUUUAUGUCUGUCUUCUAUACAGCAGCAAUGUGAAGUAAUUAUUUUUUUUCUCAAUUUGCAGUUGAAGAAACUGAAACAGAAGAUACAUGGUGUGUUUAAGUUUUACGGCUUAUAAACCUAGAGCGAGGGUAUAGUGUCAGCAAGCCAGACCUGCAGAAAAACGCUUGGAAGCUCCAAGUCUGGCUGUAGCCAUGGGAGACAUGGUAGUGGAGCCUGCCACCUUGAAGCCAACUUCUGAGCCUACUCCUAGCCCAUCAGGGAAUAAUGGGGGCUCCUUACUAAGCGUCAUCACAGAGGGGGUCGGGGAACUGUCAGUGAUUGACCCUGAGGUGGCCCAGAAGGCCUGCCAGGAGGUGCUGGAGAAAGUCAAGCUUUUGCAUGGAGGUGUAGCCAUCUCUAGUAAAGGUGCCCCGCUGGAGCUGGUGAAUGGGGAUGGUGUGGACAAUGAGAUCCGUUGCCUAGAUGAUCCACCUGCCCAGAUCAGGGAGGAAGAAGAUGAGAUGGGGGCCACUGUGGCCUCCGGCACAGCCAAAGGAGCGAGAAGACGACGACAAAACAACUCGGCCAAACAGUCCUGGCUCCUGAGGCUGUUCGAGUCAAAACUGUUUGACAUCUCCAUGGCCAUCUCAUACUUGUACAACUCCAAGGAGCCUGGAGUGCAGGCCUACAUUGGCAACCGCCUCUUCUGCUUUCGCAACGAGGAUGUGGACUUCUAUUUGCCCCAGUUGCUUAACAUGUAUAUUCACAUGGAUGAGGACGUGGGCGAUGCCAUUAAACCCUACAUAGUCCACCGAUGUCGCCAGAGCAUCAACUUUUCCCUCCAGUGUGCCCUGUUGCUUGGGGCCUACUCUUCAGACAUGCACAUUUCCACCCAACGACACUCCCGAGGGACCAAGUUACGGAAGCUAAUCCUCUCAGAUGAGCUGAAGCCAGCUCACCGAAAGAGGGAGCUGCCGUCUUUGAGCCCGGCCCCUGACACAGGGCUGUCUCCUUCCAAAAGGACUCACCAGCGCUCUAAGUCAGAUGCUACAGUCAGCAUAAGUCUCAGCAGCAACCUGAAACGAACAGCCAGCAACCCUAAAGUGGAGAAUGAAGAUGAGGAGCUCUCCUCCAGCACCGAGAGUAUUGAUAAUUCAUUCAGUUCCCCUGUCCGGCUGGCCCCUGAACGAGAAUUUAUCAAGUCCUUGAUGGCAAUCGGCAAACGGCUAGCCACGCUCCCCACCAAAGAGCAGAAAACACAAAGGCUGAUCUCAGAACUCUCCCUGCUUAACCAUAAACUCCCUGCCCGAGUCUGGCUGCCCACUGCUGGCUUUGACCACCACGUGGUCCGUGUGCCCCACACACAAGCUGUUGUCCUCAAUUCCAAGGACAAGGCUCCCUACCUGAUCUACGUGGAAGUUCUUGAAUGUGAAAACUUCGACACAACUAGUGUUCCUGCCCGGAUUCCUGAGAACCGAAUUCGGAGCACACGGUCCGUAGAGAACCUGCCUGAAUGUGGUAUCACUCAUGAGCAGCGGGCUGGCAGCUUCAGCACAGUGCCCAAUUAUGACAAUGAUGAUGAAGCCUGGUCGGUGGAUGAUAUAGGCGAGCUACAGGUGGAGCUCCCUGAAGUGCAUACCAACAGCUGUGACAACAUCUCCCAGUUCUCGGUGGACAGCAUCACCAGCCAGGAGAGCAAGGAGCCUGUGUUCAUUGCAGCAGGGGACAUCCGACGGCGCCUUUCAGAACAGCUGGCUCACACUCCCACAGCCUUCAAACGAGACCCCGAAGACCCUUCUGCAGUCGCCCUCAAAGAGCCCUGGCAGGAGAAAGUGCGGAGGAUCAGAGAAGGCUCCCCCUACGGCCAUCUUCCCAAUUGGCGGCUCCUGUCAGUCAUUGUCAAGUGUGGAGAUGACCUUCGGCAGGAGCUGCUGGCUUUCCAGGUGUUGAAGCAACUGCAGUCCAUUUGGGAGCAGGAGCGGGUGCCUCUCUGGAUCAAGCCAUAUAAGAUUCUUGUGAUCUCAGCAGACAGCGGCAUGAUUGAACCAGUAGUCAACGCUGUGUCCAUCCACCAGGUGAAGAAACAGUCACAGCUCUCCUUGCUCGAUUACUUCCUACAGGAACAUGGCAGUUAUACCACUGAGGCAUUCCUCAGUGCCCAGCGCAACUUUGUGCAAAGUUGUGCUGGCUACUGUUUGGUCUGCUACCUACUGCAAGUCAAGGACAGACACAACGGGAACAUCCUUCUGGACGCAGAAGGUCACAUCAUCCACAUCGACUUUGGCUUCAUCCUUUCCAGCUCACCCCGAAACCUGGGCUUCGAGACGUCAGCCUUUAAGCUGACCACCGAGUUUGUGGAUGUAAUGGGCGGCCUGAACGGCGACAUGUUCAACUACUACAAGAUGCUCAUGCUGCAAGGGCUGAUUGCUGCUCGGAAGCAUAUGGACAAGGUGGUGCAGAUUGUGGAGAUCAUGCAGCAAGGUUCUCAGCUUCCUUGCUUCCACGGCUCCAGUACCAUUCGCAACCUCAAAGAGAGGUUCCACAUGAGCAUGACCGAGGAGCAGCUCCAGCUGCUGGUGGAGCAGAUGGUAGAUGGCAGCAUGAGGUCCAUCACCACCAAACUCUACGACGGCUUCCAGUACCUCACCAAUGGCAUCAUGUGACACCCUUCUCAGGCCCAGAAGUGGUGGGACUGAAGGCACCCUCCCUAGGAGGACUUUGCCUAAGAAACCCCAAAUCACAAAACCCUACCUACCUAACCACCUACCCAAGGGAAAUGGAAGGCAAGAAAUACAAAGGAUCAUGUGGUAACCAUGAGAGCUUGCCAGAGGGUAGGAGAGCCAGCCGUGGGGUCCAGGCUUGCUGGGGCUUCCCCACCUCCUGCUGUCAGUAUCACCACCUGACAGAUUCCAGGACUCACUGCCCUCAGAGGAGGUGAUCACGAACAUGAGGAGGAUGGGGGCCUUCUUCCCUCUCCAGAGUCUCAGAGGUUCUUUCUACAAACUGGCGUGUUUUCCCUGGGUCCAAGCAAGAUGGGAGGAGGACUGGGUUCCUGGUACCUAGGAUGUGAUCCUAUGUUUGACCAUGCUGCUGCCCAACUCUCCCUCCCAGGGCUGACCCCAGCCCACAUUCCCCCUGGCAGGUGGGUUCUGCCAUAGGGUCCUGCACUUGCUGAGGUUCCCCAUCAUGGGGUUAAGGAAGGGAAUUGCCACAAUCCCUCUAAUAUAUUGAGGGUAUUGGCCUAGCCAUGGGGAAUUUCUUACCCUGAUCCUUUCCUCACACCCAGGGAAAUAGCUCUCAAUUUUUUUAUUUUUAAUUUUUGUUUGAAAUAAAGUCCUUAGUUAGCCA